GAUUAAGAAAAUCUACCACCUCUCUAGAGAAAAGGCAGUCCACAGAUCCAGCCCUGAAAUAACCUAUACAAAGGACCUCUCAGACAAAGCAGCUCUUCCAACCAGGCUCAAUGUACCAAAUACAAAUUUCUCAAAUUCGUGGAAAGAAACACGUUCUCAGCAGAGAAAUAAAAAGUAUGCAACAGGGGCCUGAGGGCCCAGCGCCUGGGCAGUGGGCAGGUCAGUUGUUAUGAUGUCCCCAUUUUACAGGUGAGCAGUCAAGGCUUGGAGACAAAGUAACUGCUAGAAUGACAGGAGCCCGUUGGGGUCCACCACAGCCAGACCUGUGGCUCACCACUCACCCUCGCAGCCUGGUGCCCAAGGUCAGCAGGCCUUAUGACCUCUAUUCUGAUGCCCCCAUGGGAGGCUCCUGGUGUGGGGCAAAGAUGCUGGUCCAAGUGGGAGGAACAGGAAAGGCUGCAAGGAGGAAGGGCCUUGGGGUAGCCUUGAACCACAGGGAGCAACAAGCUGCUCUCACCCUGCAGCACUUCCUCGAAACCACAGCUGACAGAUGAGGAGACUGAGGCUCAGAGAGGCAGGGGGCAGACUGAGCAGCUUAGCCCACGAGUGGUCACAUGCUAGGUACCCCAAUGUGCAGUAGCGGCCCACCUGCCACUCAGCCCAGUGAUGGACAGGCCUGCUGCUGGGCUGAGCCCUGGAGGAGAGGCCAGGGGCCUGGGGUCCAGCUGAGCCCCAGCUCCAAGGGGAAGGCACCUGCCCAGACCUGGGUCCUACCCCUCAAGGAGCAGAGAGGGGAGGUACACAGCAGGCAGAAGGAGGGUGAGGCUGGAUGCCCUGGCCCCCCUGCCCUGGCACCAGCUAGGUUUGCAGGGCAGAGGAGGUGAAGUCACUCCCAGGCGGGUGGAGCAGAGGACGCCUGGGCCCGGGGCUCCGGCCAGGACUCGGGUCCCAGGGGCUGUGGAGGCAGCUCCUCCCGUGAAGCGUCACACCUGGGGAAGCAGUGGCCCAGGCCUCUUUGUGUCCUUGUCACAAUGGAGCCCUCCGGAGGAGGCGGUGUGCGGCGUGCCGAAUCCUGCAGGGCCCGGCUUUGUCGCCCCCUUGCAGCCGGAGCCGGUCUUGGCGAUGGGGCUGGGCAAGUCCCAGGAAUCCACCGGGGCGGGGCCCGGGCGGCCUGAUGGGACCCGCGGGUCCGGAGGCCAAAUCCUUGGGACGCCCUCGUGUCGACCCCGGAUCCGCAGGCCCGGAAUGCACGGGGUCUCUACAGAUUUUUAAACGUUCAGAGCAGCAAACAUCAGACAAAAACCAAGCUCGAGCAACAGCGAUACUGCAGCAUCCAUCCUGGGGCAUGUCCUGUCAGUCUCCGCUCAGGUGACUUCCUAAGGUCACUCUCAGGUCCAUUUCCAUGACCAUAAAUAGCAUCUUUGGCAAGUCUGGUUCCGGUUUGGCCCUUAUCCAACUCCUGUUCCACGAGAAGCCCUGAGAAAUAAAAGAUUAAUCCAGCCAAGUGGACCCUACGGUUUCUCACCUCCGAACGCGCCCCGACUAUAGGCGGGGCGAGCCUCUCACGCAAUGGAUCCCCUGGCAGCAAGCCGAGACGGGUUAUCUUCUCGGCAUUCCAAGUCACUAGCUCGGCCAAGUCGGACAGAUGCGAGCGCUCCAGAGACUGAUUCAGGGCAAGGUCCUGCUCCUGACCAUCUGUGCAGCUGGCAUUGGUGGGACUUUUCAGUUUGGCUACAACCUCUCCAUCAUCAAUGCCCCAACCUUGCACAUUCAGGACUUCACUAAUGAGACAUGGUGGGCCCGGACUGGCCAGCCGCUGCCCGACCACCUGGUUCUGCUUGUGUGGUCCCUCAUCGUGUCCCUGUACCCCCUGGGGGGCCUCUUUGGAGCGCUGCUUGCAGGGCCCCUGGCCAUCAAGCUGGGAAGGAAGAAGUCCCUGCUGGUGAAUAACGUCUUUGUGGUGGCCGCAGCAAUCCUGUUUGGCUUCAGCCGCAGAGCAGGCUCCUUCGAGAUGAUCAUGCUGGGACGGCUGCUCGUAGGAGUCAGUGCAGGUGUGAGCAUGAACGUCCAGCCCAUGUACCUAGGGGAGAGCGCCCCCAAGGAGCUCCGAGGAGCCGUGGCCAUGACCUCAGCCAUCUUCACCGCCCUGGGGGUCGUGAUGGGCCAGGUGGUCGGACUCAGGGAGCUCCUGGGCGGCCCGCAGGCCUGGCCCCUGCUGCUGGCCAGCUGCCUGGUGCCCGGGCUGCUCCAGCUGGCCUCCUUGCCCCUGCUUCCCGAGAGCCCGCGCUACCUCCUCAUUGACUGUGGAGACACCGAGGCCUGCCUGGCAGCGCUGCAGCGGCUGCGGGGCCCCGCGGACGUGGCGGGCGAGCUGGCGGAGCUGGAGCAGGAGCGCGCCGCCUGCCGGGACAGGCGCGCGCGGCGCCCGUGGGAGCUGUUCCGGGAGCGCGCCCUGCGGAGGCAGGUGGCGAGCCUGGUGGUGCUGGGCAGCGCCAUGGAGCUCUGCGGGAACGACACGGUGUACGCCUACGCCUCCGGCGUGUUCCGGGAGGCGGGGAUCCCCGAGGAGAAGGUCCAGUACGCCAUCAUCGGGACCGGGAGCUGCGAGCUGCUCACCGCCUUUGUCAGCUGUGUGGUCAUUGAGAGGCUGGGCCGGCGUGUGCUGCUGAUGGGGGGUUACUGCCUGAUGACCUGCUGGGGGAGCGUGUUCACAGUGGCCCUGUACCUGCAGAGCUCCAUCCCCUGGAUGCCCUACCUGGCCAUGUCCUGCAUCUUUGCCUUCAUCCUCAGCUUUGGCAUCGGCCCAGCCGGAGUAACAGGGAUCCUGGCCACGGAGCUGUUUGACCAGACGGCCCGGCCUGCUGCCUACAUGGUCUCCGGGGCGCUCAUGUGGACCAUGCUCUUCCUGGUGGGGCUGGGGUUCCCCUUCAUCAUGGAGGGCUUGUCCCACUUCAUCUAUGUGCCUUUCCUCGGUGUGUGUGUCUGUGGGGCCAUCUACACUGGCUUCUUCCUCCCUGAGACCAAAGGCAAGACCUUCCUGGAGAUCUCCGAGGAAUUACACCGACUCAACUUCCCCAGGAAGAGCCCAGGCCCCACGUGGAGGGACCCGGAGGUCAUCCUGUCCACAGAGCUGUAGUCUACGGGUGUGGCUGGGGCCCAGAUCCACCUGCUUCUCUUCCCUUUGCUCCUCUCGAGGGUCUGGCCCUCUCCAGUCACAGCUCCUGCAUUCGUGUGUUUAACGGGUGCUUAUUGAGCACCCGUAUGCAGGCAUGGUGCCAGGUGCUUAGCAGUCAGCAUUGAGCCAGAGAGAUGGGAUCCAGGACAUCUUGGUGCGCCCCAUCUAGAGGCUGUUAACCCGGAGAAAACCAAUAAGAACGGAACUACGAAUCUGGGAAUCCAGUGGAAGGAAAAGCCAGGUGAUGAAGGACGUGCAUAGGAGGGGGGGUCUGACCUAGUGGGAGAGGGAGAUGGUCAGAAAAAUGUUCUCCAAGGAACCGAUUUUUAAAAAUCAACAUUAUUGAGGUAUAAUUUGACAUACAAUAAAAUGCCUUAAUAGUAAGGAUACAAGUGAUGAGUUUUGACAGAUGUGGAUACCCAUGAGACCACCACCACAGUCCAGGCAGAGCUUUCACAUCACCCCAAAAGCUCCCUCCUGCCCUUUUGCAAUCAAUAACCCACCCCACCCCCAGCCCCAAGCAACCACUGACCUGCUGUCUGUCAGUGUGUGUCCGAUGGGCCUUUUGGGGACUGUGAUAUGACUCCUUACUGAAUGUUUGCAUUAGUGUCUGGCUCUGCUCCAGAUGAGUAUUUUGAGAUUCCUGCACGUCGCCGCGUGUAUCAGCACGUAUUCCCUUGUGUUGUUGAGUCGCAUUCCACUGUGUGGAUAGGCCAUCAUUUGUUCCUCCAUUUCCCUGUUGGUGGACGUUUGAGCUGUUUCUAAUUCUUGGCCAUCAUGAAUAAAACUGCUGUGAACAUUCCUGCACAA